GGUUACCCAGAAGAUUAAGGUCCACUAAUCUUCUUUGGAGUGGAGACACAGAAGCAGCUCUUGGUCUGUUACGGGAUGAUGUCCUCGUGGCAGAUCCCGGCACCAAAUGCCACUACAGCAACGUUGCUUUUUCCUUAUUGGCCAACAUCUUGGCCCAGAAGGUGGCGGGCUCAAACUUUGAGAGAUGGGUGUCAGACAACAUUCUGGAGCGGCUCGGCAUGGAGGACACUGGGUUCAAUUUAAGUCCAGCGGUUCAGAGGCGGAUGGCUGUGGGGGUGUACAGCAACGGCGAGCCAGCCCCCCUCUUCAACCUGGGCUGGUACCGAGCUGCGGGCCAGAUGUUUUCCACAGCUGCUGACAUGGCCAAGCUUAUGAUGGCCCUUCUGGGCGCAACCGGUGGGACUCUGCUCCGUCAGGACACCCUGAACACCAUGCUGACCCCGGUGCUACGCUGCCACAGCGGCUACUUCGCCAACUCCACCGGCACCCCGUGGGAGAUCAAUGAGCAGCGGGGCUACGAUGUGGUGAGGAAAGAUGGGGACCUGGACGGUUACGCGGCCACCCUCUCCCUGGUGCCACGGCUCAAACUGGGGAUGGUGGUUCUGAUGUCCGGCGUGCGGCCUGCAGGGCCGGAGCUUCUGAGCCUGGCCUACAGUCAGCUCAUUCCUGCAGUGGAGAGGGCAUUCAGGGACGCUCCAAAAAAGUUAAGACCACCGCCCAACCCAGCUCCCUAUGUGGGCUUUUUCACUUACAGGAAUAUGACUUUCUAUGAGAUAAAGGUGGACUCAGACGGGGUGCUGGUCAUGCAGCAAUUUGGACCACAGGUUGACACAUCUGUGCCGUCCAAGUACAGAACUAUUCGUCUAGAUUACCUGCAGGAUAGGGUGUUCAGGGUGGUGUUUGAGAGCCCGUACCCGUGCAAGCUGAAGGUGAACAGCGCCUCUGUCUCGCUGGAGGCUCAGGACAGACAGCUCUUCAACUUUUACCUUUUCAACAAGAAAGGUGUGUCGCCAGGGUUUGAUUCCCCAGGACUUAACACUUACAGGGUGACCAGGAUAGCUGGCAGACCAUUCUUCACUACAUAAAGACAGGAGUUCACUUAUAGCGAGGUGGACACUGAAACAGGGGUGUAUGUCAAGAACAAAGGCAGUAUGACACUUGCUGUUGGAUCAGUGGUCAUGUGACUGCAAGGUUAAUGUGAUUAAUCUGGACUAGUAUGUACAUAUUAUUUGUGAAGUAAAAACUUCUUUGCAGCAAUGUUGAGCCAAUCAUCAAAUGAGGGAAACUGGAUUCGCCUGUCAAUACACUGAUAUUUAUUGAGAGACAAACGGCCGGAGGACUAACAAAGCAACUCGCACUGUUCAAUGCAAGCUGCCAAAAUUAACUCUGCCCACACAAAGACGGAAGCGCUCGAACCCGGUCUCUGAGAAGGGGCGGAGCCCAGAAACGCGGGCCUUUACCCCAAUCGAUUACAGAUGAACAGACAAAGAAACUCACUCUGAGUGGGCAGUAAACCCUUCCCCCCACACAGAGAAAGAGUAGUCACUCAUGUGAAGUUUCUCAGGUCAGCUACGCAUCAGACUAAAAUAUUCCUUUACAUUAUUCAUUCUGCUUAUAAUACUAAUUAUAUUAUGAGUGUUGUCCAACUCUCCAAGAACUAGCACAAGCAAAGAGGAACUGACCACAGUACUGUAAACAUGUUCCUGCAGACGUGUUUAGUUCUUGGACAAUGUGACGAUAUCCCUUUUCAACAUUUUAGUGCCUAAUGUGUGACCUUGAAAGAGAUAAACACAACUGAGGGGAAAGUCUUGGACUUGAUUUACAUCUUGAAAGGUUUUUUAUAAUCAGGGCUGCACAUAACUGGUGCGCAGGUGCGCAUGCACACCUCCGCCAACAAAAGAGCACCGUGUCAUUUGAAAAAAGGCGCAUUUGCGUACCAACAUUGAGAGAGAGAGAGAGGGAGAGAGAGAAGAGAGAGAAGGGAAAAGAGAAAAGAGAGAGAAGAGAGGAGAGAGAAAAGAGAAGAGAG